CAAUGUUCAAAAUUCAAACGAAUGUCAAAAUUGCCAACAGCAACGGUUAUUCGCGUGUUGUUAUUUUCGUUUUGAUAAAUGAAAACUCAAAUAAAUGUGAAGUAUUAUAAUUAACAUUAAUAGAUGUGACUAGAAAAGUGUUUUAUUUAACAUUAUCUUAAGUUAAAGAGAAGAAUAAACGAGCAAAAUGCAGGGCGUCUCCAAAAACAAGCUAUCAGAACUCCAAAUGAUUAUAACUCGGAUGCCGCUAGAAGUGUUCUGUGUAACCGCACUCCCUGAGUUUGGUGUCCGAUGGAAGGAACUAUCCAAAGCUGUGCGCAAUGCACGGUUACCGAUGCAGCCGGCCAGUGUAGCCAGGGUGCUGUGCAGACAUGUGUCCAAGGCAUUAACAAUUGAUGAAAUUGAAGAUAUUGUUGCGAGGUUGCGGUUGAAAUUGGUAGCCACCCAGCCUCGCAUGUGGCACGUGAUAAGACUCUGGGAGAAGACCACGGAGGAACCAGUCACCGUCACCAUGAGAGCAGUCCCCGGCAGGAUCACACAGGCGUUGAGAAAGAGCAAGAAGACCAUGAGGCCGGAGGUACAAACAGUCCUCUUAGGUGACAUGCUGUACCUCAGCAUACAACUUGUCUCUGAACACAGGUCGGGCUCCGCCCUCUACGUGGCGACGCCCCCCGGGGAGCCCGUGGCUUUGGUCUCUAGCGUCAACACGGUUGGACUGAUCAAGGCGACUGUCGAAGGACUGGGCUACAAAUCUUACGAAAUCGCAGACCUCCACGGCCGCGAUAUACAAUCCCUCCUCCGCAUAAAUGACCGUGCCUGGAAUGCGAACGCCGACCACCUAGCAGAGAUCCCCGAAUACGCCCCUACCCCAGUAAUCACCGACACUGGCAUAGACUAUACAUACAAAGCGUAUGACGAGAACUACGUGGAAAAUAUCCUCGGACCUAAUCCGCCUAAAAUAACGGAUUUAACGAUAAAGACUUCUAAAUCUUUCUUCGAUAGAAGUCGUUUGGACAAGAAUAUUAAUAUGACUAUUCAAAUCAAGACUGAAGACUUGGCGAAAUCCUUGAAAUCUUGGGUCUCGAAAGGCGCCAUAGCUCCGACGUCGGACUUGAUUAAGAUUUUUCAUGAACUUAAAUCGAAUAAGAUUAGUUAUACUAGGGACGAUGAUUGAGUUGUCUUUAUGUUGUCUGCAUUGUAGGCAACGUUGUUUUUUUUUAGAAAAAAGGAAAAUGUGUUUUUAUUUCGUUUGCGGAAAUACAUACUUCAAUAACAACUGGCAAAAUAUUUAGUUUUAACUCGUGUCGCAUCUCAUUUUUUUAUAGAAUACUAGCUUUUACCCGCGCCUUC